AUGUCUCAAACUAAAAUAUCUAGUUCUUUAUGUCGCGUGUUCUGUAUUAGAGAAAUACUUGAUAUAAAAUCAAAUUUACGUAAUAUCAGACACCAAAGUUCUAAUGUUAAAAAGAAAACAGCGAGCUCUGUAUACAAAACUAUGAAUAUAUUUGAUAGGAAAGCGAAGGUGUUGCAGAGGGAACGAUCAGCGAGGAGCGAGGAUUAUCAUUUGUAUGAAUAUGUUAAAGAAGAAAUCGGUUGGAGAACCGCGGAUAGAAUAUUUGAUAUAAAACGAACAUUCAAAAACGCCGUCGAGUUAGGUGCCGGACGAGGCUAUGUGUCUCGACAUUUUCUUCCCGACAGUGUCGAGAAGGUUACCCUAUGUGACUCGUCACAAACACAUCUCGAUAAGGCGAUUAUUGGUGACGAUGUAAAGUAUGAGAAAAUUGUUAUGGAUGAAGAAAAUUUUGAUUUUCCAGACAACAGUAUAGAUUUAUUUGUUUCAUCUCUGGCCCUGCACUGGGUCAAUGACCUGCCAGGUUGUUUCGACAAAGUCAUGCAGUGUUUGAAACCGGAUGGGGUGUUCGUAGCAUGUGUUUUUGGUUCUGGAACUCUAAUGGAGUUGCGUCAAGCUAUUCAGUUGGCUGAAAUGGAACGGCUUGGUGGUAUGCAUCAACACGUCUCACCAUUCACUGGUGUACGAGAUCUAGGAGGGCUUAUGAACGCUGCUGGGUUUACUCUACAGACGGUAGACGUAGAUUCACUCACUGUUUGGUAUCCAUCUGCGUGGGAUGUGAUGAAAGAUGUCCGAAUGUCUGGCGAAGGGGCAGCGGCUGUCUCCAGGCCGAUAAGACUAAGGAAAGAUGUUCAAUUCGCAGCGGCAGCUAUAUACGACGAAAUGUAUGGCAAGGAAAUCCCGGAUCGUAAUACGAGGGGUGUACCAGCUACCUUCCAAAUAAUCAAUUUCCUUGGAUGGAAACCAGAUCCUUCACAACCAAAACCAAUGGAAAGGGGAUCUGGUGAAAUGUCGCUAAAAGAUCUACAUAGGAUCGACGAAAUUAUACAAGAUACUAAAAAAAUUGAACUAACAGAUGAUAAGAAAUAA